AUGGCUAUCGGAAAGGAAGGCAACGUCAAAUGGGUCGAUGGCUUGCGAGGCUUCGCGUCGACGUUAGUCGUCCUAACCCAUAUUGCUCGGUCCUUCGAUGGCGAGCUUUUCCUCCCAGCGUCCCACGAGGGCGCGCAACCCCGAGUUCUCCAGCUACCAUUUCUCCGAAUACUCGCCCAGGGCCGUAUCGGUGUCACCAUAUUCGCCUUCGUCACCGGUUAUGUUUGCGCUCUGAAGCCCAUCAAGCUGUACCGACAAAAUAACCAAGACAGUGCUUAUAUUUCCAUCGCCAAGUCGGCCCUCCGCCGCGUCCCCCGUCUGGUCAUCCCUUGCGGCCUCGCUACCGUCAUCAUCUGGAUCAUGGCCAACCUGGGCAUGUUCCUAGUUGCGAAGCAGAGCGAUUGCUGGUGGUGCGGGAAGACGGCACCUGACCGCCAGGCGAAUGCGUGGCUGUCCGUGAAGCACUUGGUACAAAACAUCAUAUCAACCUGGACAAACGGCCGGAACGCCUACGACGGCAACCAGUGGACCCUAUUACCGCUACUCAGAGGAAGUAUGCAGGUGUACACGUUCAUCGUGGCCACCUCCUACCUCCAGCCACAAUUUCGCAUGAUGUGUAGCUUGAUCAUGUUUGCCUUCUUCUGGAUAGCAUCUGACGCCGCUUUCGGAAUGCAGUUUUUCUGGGGCGUCUUCCUCUGCGAUCUCCAGAACCACGCCCCGGCCACCGAGUGGCUCGUCCGCCGACCCCGGAUCUCGCGCGUCCUAGCGGCGAUCUUCAUGGUUCUCGGUCUUUACGUCGCGUCGUAUCCCGAGGCCCACCCCGAAUGGGCGACCUGGUCGCACUACCAGUACAAGGUUCUCAGGCAGAUCGUGCCGAAGGACGCCGACUUCCCGCGCUUUGCAUCCGGCAUCGGCCUCGAACUGCUCACGCUCGGUCUGCACUUUAGCCCUGGCCUGCGUGAUGUGCUUUCGAGCAAAUACCUCCUCUGGUUCGGCAAGCAGUCGUUCGCUGUGUAUCUCCUGCACGGGCCGCUCCUGCGCAGUGUGCUUUGCUGGAUGGUAUACGGGAUCCAUGUGCCGCCAUCGAUCACGAACGACAAGGGCGAGGUGAUCCAGGGAACGCUCAUGUUUCCGACCGUGUGGCGCUUGCUGAUCUCGCUUCCGUUCUGGCUACCGCUGAACUAUGGUGUCGCGAUGCUCUGGACCGGCUACGUCGACCCUUGGUGCGCGAACCUCACGGAGAAGCUCGUUGGCAAGAUUAUGUUGCCCCGUGACGAGAAGGGCGUCAUCUUACCACAGUAGAUGACCGUGGUUCCGCCGGCGGCGGAUUUGCCAUUCCGACGGCAGCGACUAUGGGCUCGGUGCAGAGUGCACGGGACGUCCCCGAUAGUCUUCGCCAAAAUACCAGGCCGAUCCUAAUAGGGUGGAUGUCAUUACAAUUAUAACCGACCGCCCGUAUAAGCGGCGCCGAUAUUUUGACGCGUAUGAAGGCCCGAAGAGACUGCAUAUUGGUCACUACUCGGAACAUAUUCAUACUUCUACCGAACCCUCGACAGGAGAAGGUUAUCCUCUCGCGAGCACAUUUAUGGAUACGGCCGUCUUUUUCUUGGUGCGGCAUAUCGGUUCUUGGGGGUGGUUCUGGAGUACAUGGCGGUCAAGGUCCGAGACCGUGGGGAGACGAGGAUUCAUUGCAUUUGGUCUGGAGGUCACCAUUGGGGUUGCAACGGCCGAAGAAAGAAGACGCGAAUGCGUCGUACGUGCGCCUGGCACGUUAAUACCCAUCCCUUUUUUUUUAUCAUCCUUUCGCUCGACCACCACCUCGCUCUACUAUUACCACUACUUGCUACGUACUACUACUUACUACUGAGACGGCCGCGCAGAAGCAUUAACGCAAAUUAGGCAUGCAUGGGGAGGUAGAAACGCCGUCAGACCCGGGGGUGUUCUGACUGGUUCGCGAACGGUUGAUACCCAUGAUGGAGAGAAUUUUUGGCAACAGAUAGACAUAUCAAGAUGCUCUUUUUAUUUUAUUCGAGACGCUGCC